AUGUCCACCAGGGCUGCGAGGUUGGGUCUACAGCUGAUCCAGACUCGUCCGCUCAUAGCCCCGACGAAAAAGGCGUUGCCGACCUCACGACGCGAAAUAUCGUCGGCAACUCUCGUUGCGCAGAGCCGUCACCGAGUCUCAGCAUCGAAAUUCACACCUCUGGCUGCGAAUCCGCCCUCCUCAAGCUCGACGCCUUCCUCAUUCUUCACUCCCUCUCUGUGUCGGUCGAGAAAUGCAUCGACAGCUUCCGCCUCCACAACCUCCACAACACCGCCGUCCGCCUCCUCUCCCACUGCCCUAGAUUGGAACACCUUCUUCCGCCUACGAACUGUACGGCGCCGCUACGCCCUCACUUCCUCGAUCAUUACAUCUUUUGCUUCGACAACCGGAGCAUUGGUCGCAUUUUCCGAAAUCCCAGCCCUUGCUGAUAAUAUCACCAAAGUCAUUCCCACCGAUCCUGUCAUUGGUAUCGGGAUUGCAACAUUUGGAGCCACCUUCUUUGGCUGGCUGAUUGGCCCUGCUUUUGGAAACACCCUUUGGAGACUGUUGCAUCGGAGCCGUCUGCCAGAGUUCAACAAAAAAGAGCGAGAAUUUUUUGAGCGGAUCAAAAAACACAGAGUCAACCCAACUGGUGCGAGCACCAACAAUCCAGUGCCUGAUUUCUACGGCGAGAAAGUGGGAAGUGUGGCCGGCUAUCGACGGUGGCUAAAAGAUCAGCGUGCUUUUAACAGGAAGCGGGGAGGAAACUAUCCCCCGACGAUGUGA